CGAGCGGAGACGAGCGCGGCGAGGGAGGCGGACACUUCCGCGUACGUCACCACAGGGGCGGGGGCAAGCACUGUGAGGAGGCGGGGCCACCGCGAAAAGGCGCGGGGCGGAGCCAGCAACGCGGACGUCACCACGCUCCCACCCGCGCCCCGCCCCGCACCGCCAAGCCUCCGCGGGGUGGUUGCCAUGGCGACGACGUCAGCUGCGUGCGCGCACCCGCCGACAGCCGCGCGGCCCCGGAGCCCAGCGAGCGGCGGCGGCUGCAGCAGGCGAGCCCCAGGCUCUGGCGGAUGGCGCAGGCCGCGGCGGCCCCGUGCCCCGCCGGGGCAGCCACCCCCCAGCCGGGGCGGCGGCCCCGCGGCAGGCCUCGCAUCCGCACCGAGCUGGAGCUGGAGCAGCGCCGCAAGGCCUGGUACCGGCAGCGCUACCUGCGCAGCGUCUACCUGGGCCGGCAGAGCGAGCGCUGGCGGAGGGUCCGGCAGCAGCUGGGGCACGGCAAGGACGAGCAGACGGCCCGGGCCCUCCUGGACAGUUUCACGGAGCGAAACCGUUCUGGUUGUACAGGUAAAUGCAUUUGUUUUCAAACCCCCCUCCCCUCCUCCGCAUCUAACUCUUCCUUGAAAAUUCAGCAUUCAGUGAUUCAACACCAUGGGGCCGGCAUGGUAUUUGUGCACUUGACUCAGUGUUGUCCUUGUUCUGCUAAAUGUCUGUCAGUCUGUGACAGAAGGGAGUGGAGGGGGAUUCACACUGUGUCUGAACCCGGGAGUGUGUGAUGGGACGGUGUGGAGGGAGAUUCACUCUGUGUCUGACCCCGGGAGUGUGUGAUGGGUCGGUGUGGAGGGAGAUUCACUCUGUGUCUGACCCCGGGAGUGUGUGAUGGGACGGUGUGGAGGGAGAUUCACUCUGUGUCUGACCCUGGGAGUGUGUGAUGGGACGGUGUGGAGGGAGAUU